CCAUCACCUUCUUCCACCCACUACUCCUCCAUAAACAUCAAUCUUCUUCUUCUUCUUCACAAAUAACUAAAUUCUAUUAUAUCUUUAAUUUUUCCUUUUGAAAAAAAUGGCUGAGAAGACUUUUCAGUUUCCAACAUACUUCAAACUACUUCUAAUAAUCAUAACCACUUUGGGAAAAAUUGUGACGGCGGAAGAGAUUUCCGCCGUGGAAAACAUUUCCGAUAAGCUCCGUAACGACACCGAAAGUCUCUGGAAGGUUUCCAGAGACUUUGGCAACAUAGUCCACGAAGUGCCGGCAAUGGUGUUCCAUCCGGCUUCCGUGGACGACAUAGCGAACUUGAUUAAAUCGUCGUACAGUAGCCCUGUUCCGUUCGCGAUAGCCGCGAGAGGACAGGGCCACUCUACGGGUGGGCAGGCCAUGGCUCGCGACGGCGUAGUCGUGGACAUGGCCGCCCUGAGGAGGGAGAGAAAGAAGAAGGGAGUUGGAGGGAUAAGUAUUGAUGUGUAUGGGGAAUAUGUUGAUGUUGGUGGAGAACAACUUUGGAUCGAUGUGUUGAAUGAGACCGUUGAAAAUGGAGUUGCACCGAUUUCUUGGACGGAUUAUUUGUAUUUGAGUGUGGGAGGGACACUCUCCAACGCUGGGAUUAGUGGCCAAUCAUUCAGAUAUGGACCUCAAAUCUCCAAUGUUCUUGAGAUGGAUGUUGUUACUGGAAAGGGAGAUUUAAUAACAUGCUCUAAGCAAAAGAAUUCAGAGUUAUUUCACGCGGUUCUUGGAGGCUUAGGACAGUUUGGAGUUAUAACAAGAGCAAGAAUUUCUCUUCACCCAGCACCCACAAAGGUUAAGUGGAUAAGAUUGCUCUAUAGUGACUUCUCUGCUUUCACAAGAGACCAGGAACGAUUAAUCUCAAUCAAAGCGUUGGAUUAUUUGGAAGGGAAUUUGCUAAUGCACCAAGGUCCCAUAAAUAAUUGGAGAUCCUCUUUCUUCCCUCUCUCCGAUCAUCUCAGAAUUGCUACCUUAAUAACCAAACACAAAAUUCUCUAUUGCCUUGAACUCUCUAAAUAUUAUUAUCAUCACCAAUCCCAAGAAAAUGUGAACAAGGAAAUUGAAGAACUGCUAGAAGGAAUGGGGAACAUCCCUGGGUUUUAUUAUGAGAAACAUGUGUCAUAUGUUGAGUUCUUGAAUAGAGUCCGAAGUGGAGAGUUGUGGCUUCAGUCACAAGGGUUGUGGGAAGUUCCUCAUCCGUGGCUUAAUUUGUUCAUACCAAAAUCUCAAAUCAUGCAAUUUAAUUCAGGCGUUUUCAGGGGCAUCAUUUUCAAAAGAAACAUUACCACUGGACCUGUCUUGGUUUAUCCCAUGAACAGAAGCAAGUGGGAUGAUAAGAUGUCAGCAUCAAUUCCAGAUGAAGAUGUGUUCUACACGGUGGGAUUUUUGCACUCAACUGGGUUUGAUAAAUGGAAUGAAUUUGAUGCUGAAAACAAAGAAAUCUUGAAGUUUUGUAGUGAUAAUGGCAUCAAGGUGAAGCAAUAUCUUGCCCAACACAGCACACAAGAAGAAUGGAAAAACCAUUUUGGGGAUAAUAAAUGGAAGGUUUUUGUAGAAAGAAAAAAUCAAUUUGAUCCAAGAAUGAUUCUAUCACCUGGACAAAAAAUCUUCAACAAUAAUAACCUACAAUAGUAUAGUAUUAUAUUGAAAAGUAAGAAUAAAUUACCAUUUGUAUCCAUGAACGAAAGAUAUAAACACUGACAAAUAUAUCCAUAUAAUUGUAUCUACGAAAGAUAGUUUCUGUAUGCCAAGAAUACCCUAACGGACCAAUUGUGUAACCAAUGUCUGGGUACUCUUAGCACACGAAAACUAUCUUCUAUAGUUAUAAUUGUCGUUUUAUUCUGGAUACAUUUGUCAGCAUCUAUAUUUUUUACGAGUACAAAUAGUAAUUUAUUCUGAAAAGUAAAUAAUGUUUAUUAUGAUGAUGGGUACCUAAUAAAAAUUUAGUUGCCUUAAUUAAUUAGCUGGGCAUAAUAUUGUAAAUAUCUAAAAUCUAAUUAGAUCCUAUCUUUUUGUUAAAUAAAAGUGGGGCAGGGUUUGAAGUUGCA